AUGGAAAAUCCAGCUUCUUCCAGACCUACAAAAUGGUCUGGGACUCCGUUACGACAUAAAACCAUCGAUGGACAAAAACUCGAUACCAUUAUAUCUGGCCAUCUCACCUCCGAGCAGCUCGAUGCGUACCAGCAGUACUUCAGAAUCGAGGAGAUCAGCGACCUUUUACGAACAUCCAACAAACGCAGAGUUGGUGUACUUCUGUUGUUGCCUUCUGGAAAGCCACAAGAGAACCCAAACCUAAAGAGAGACCCUUCCCCUCCUCCCAAGUAUGACAAUUAUGGCAACAGAGUCAACACUCGCGACUCGUUAAUGGGCCUUUCACUCGAAAACGAACGCCAUUACCUUGUGGAAAAGGCAGCUUCUACCAUCAAGUACUAUAUGUCUCCACUUGACUACCAUAAACCCGCCAAAAUCUACGAAAAAUUGUAUAUACCGUUGAAAGAUUUUCCUGACAUAAACUUUGUUGGAUUACUUUUGGGGCCCCGUGGAAAUACCUUGCGUCAAAUCCAGGAAGACAGUGGUGCAAAACUAGCAAUUCGAGGAAAAGGAUCGGUAAAAGAUGGGAAAUCAAGUGGCAACGUUAUAACGGAAUCAGAAGAGUCUGGUGCACUCAUGUCUCCUAAAUCGUUCGCUAAUCCGUUUGUGGACAACAAUAGUGAAGACCUCCAUGUGGUGAUUACAGCAGACUCGUCCAGGAAAAUAGAAAAAGCAAUCAUGUUUGCUAACGAAAUCAUCAAUAAGGCCAUUUCGUCGCCGAUGGGUCAAAACGACUUGAAGCGUGGUCAAUUGCGAGAAUUAGCCAUCUUGAACGGUACACUUCGUGAGUCUCGUCCAUUUAUCCCUGAAGAGGAAAGACAAGCUCCACCUGUGAUGGAUAUAUCUCUGAUUGUGUGCAAAAUAUGCGGUAAAGUUGGACAUUUUGCAAGAGAUUGUAAAUUAAGAAACCGUAAUGAAAGUGCUCCAGAAAGAUCCUACCAGCCCCCAGAACCACAAUAUGCUCCAGAGGAAGAGGCUGUCCCUGCUUCAUAUAGUUACGAACCUCGUCACAAGGAAAAUGGCAGACGAAGGGACGACGAUGCUUCUCUUCCUCCAUGGAAACGCCAAAAGCCUUCAAUCCCUUCAUUGCCUGUGUCCCCAUGGCAAUCACAGCCUCCAAUCCCCACACCAUUGGCUAGGUCCACACCGCCCAUGCAAACACAAACUCUUCAAAAUACAAAGCCAAAACCACCUCCAGGUCUUCAUAUGGGAGAAAGACCUCCGCCUCCAGCCAAUACGCUAAAGCCCCCACCUCCAGCAACCACUUCAAAACCACCACCACCCACAACUAUAUUAAAACCACCACCUCCAUCUUCAGCGCCCAAACCACCACCUCCAACAAGCAAGCCCGUACCACCUGCGAAACCCGCUCCUCCACCUCCCACAAAGAAGCCGGAUCCUCCUUCAUAA